CAUUGAUGAAAGAGGAGAGAAGGAGUGAUUGUGAAAUGAGAAACAGAGAGUGAAGCAGGAAGAAGAAGAAGAAGAAGAUGAAGGGGUAGAAAUGGAAUUUAGAAAGACAUGGCGAGAGAGAGCUUAACUGCAACGACAAGAGGCCUUCUCUUUAUCUUCCCUUAGGCUUCACUCUUUGGCUUACUGUCUCUCUCAGACCAAAACGGACCGACGUGACUUUGCUUCCACUCUUUGCCCUCUCUAAUGGUGGAGAAAUGAGAUCAAGAUGAGUUUACUUUAUUGCAUGUGCCAUUUGCUCUUUAUUAGUGGGUUGUCUAUGUAUCAUCAUGUACUUACCAAAAUGAUUCUAGUUAUUUAUAUCAUAAGGCAUUUAAGGUUUUGACUCUUCAUUUUGGGUAAACAAUCGGAUAGAGAUCAUUUAAAUACCUACUAUAGAAUAUCAACAUAACUAUCUGAAAUGUAAUUAAUAAGUUGGAUAAUAUAGGUAGUGAGUAGAAUAUAUGUAGUUUUUGUAACUAAAAUCUAAGAUCACCAUCCAAACUGAUAAAGGUCGGGCUUAUGUUUGAGCAUAUUAGAUUAUUAUGGAUAGUUUUGGAUGAUAUUAGAAAAAUAGAAUUGCUUUUUAAUUGAAUUUAACAAUUCUAAAUACUCUUAAAUAGCUUUUUGGUUUUAUAAUUUAUCGUUAUCUAAUUAUUAAUUUUAAAAUUUCGUAUUAUUAGUUAUUGUAUUUAAAAUAUUUUCUUAAAUUGUAAAACUUAUUAUUAGUGGUUUCAAUUUUGUUACUGGUAAGUUCAAAAUUUAUUGUUAUUUAAUUAAAGUUUUGAAUAUAAAAUUUACUUUUUUGUUGUUUAUAUUUGGUAGAUUCUUACAAUCGCUUUAAUUGAAUGAGUUUGGAUGAAUCUGAAUUUAACUUCAUCUGUGAAUAUAUCCAUCAAAAUCUAAAAUUCUUACCUUUAAAUUUUAUGUUGUUAAUAAAAUAAAUUAUCAUUCACUUAUUAUCAUCGUUUAUUCUUUUUCAAGAUAUCCAGUUUUUUUUUUCAAAAAAAAAAGGGGAAAUCUGUUUUUUUAGAGCAAAAAAAAGGAAACUAUGUCCCUUUAGACUAAUCUGUACUACUUUAUGUCCUAUUAGACUAAUUUUUUCGAAAAUGGCAGUAAUGCCCUUAAAAUUGUAAUUUUUUAAAAAGAUAAAUAAUGAGUUCGACAAUCGGGAUCGAUCGAUCCAGAUUUACAAGUUACAGUGGAUCGAUCGAUCCCGAUAAUUAUUCAGAACAAAAAAAACGCGAAAUAUAUACUGAUCGACCUGGUCCAUUUCACUCGAUCGGCAAAGGUCGAUUCCGUACAGAUCGACCGAUCCACUAAGAAUAGAUCGAUCGAUCCCGUGCCCAGGAAAGAAUCCCAAAUCGAUUUUUUUUGGUUUUGUAUGAUUAUAUCCGGGUUGAUUCCCACUUGAUUUGAACCGACCAAGCAUGAUUUCAACUUUUUAAGCUCGAUUUCUCUGGGACAAAACCCUUAAUUUCCCAUUCACGAACAAAGGGAGAGAAAAUCAAAUUCUCACCCAAAGUUCAUUAACCCUAACUCACUCAAUUCUCUGAUUUGGACGAUUAUUUGGCCUAACUCAUACAAUUUCGUGAGCUUUUUACGAAUCUAUCACUCUUUAGUUCGUUCUGCAAAGGUAUGAAACUCUAUCUCCACUUCUUUUUAGAGUUUGAAAUUAGAAAGGUAAAAGGUAGAUUUUUGAGUUAGUUAAGAUAUUUAGACUUCAAUCAUGUGUUAAGGUGAUGAUUAGAGAAGAUUUUGUACACAAUCAUGGUUUAAAUCAUAUUUUCGGGAUAGAUUUAGGGAUUUUAGGUUUUUGUUAUUAAUAGAUAUAUGUUGUAUUGUUUUCAAAUUUCAGGUAUGGAGUUGGAGUUGCCUAAUCGUUUAUACGGUGAGGGAUUGGAACCUCAGGUUAAGAAGAUUAAUAACAGCUGCCGACUAAAACUUCUCGAGUUGCUAAAAGAAAAAAUGGAACCAGAAUUCGAUGAAGUUAUGAAAGAUCCCAUUUUUUCACAGAUUAUGGUUAUCCAGAAGAAUGAUCUGAAGUUUUCGGCGAGGUUGGUACACUCUUUUUUGUGUAAGGAGUUGAUGACAAGCAAGAGACAUGAGAAGUGGUUCACUUUCGCUAGGAGACCUCUGCGUUUUGGAUUGCAAGAGUAUCAUGCUGUCACUGGUCUGAAAGUGAAGCGAGAGAAUAACAGUGGGCUAGUGACAUGGAAAGACGAUAAUGGUUUUUGGAGCAAGCAGAUAAAGACAAAUGGAAAAAUAAAUUUGCAGAUCAUAAAAAAGAAGCAUUUGGAAGAGAGCAAUACCUGGACUUGGGUUGAUAGGGUGAGACUGAUAUAUCUUUGCGUUAUUAUGGGUGUGGUGAUGGGAAAGGAUGAGAAGGUGAAUAUCCCGCAUCUGUACAUGAAGUUGGCGAUGGAUUUGGAGAAGCUUCGGAAUUAUCCAUGGGGUCUGUAUUCGUUUGAUUUCCUUCUGAAGCAAAUUGAUAAAACAAGGCAUAAAUUAGAGCAGAAAGAGGGGUAUCUGAUGGAAGGAUUCUUGUUUGGUUUCCAAAUUUGGAUAAUGGAAGCUGUUCCUGCUUUAGGAGAGAUUUGUGGCACAAAAGUCAGUAAAGAUUUUACAGGUCCACUGUGUGGUAAUUGGAGAGGAUGUGCAAAAUGUUCUUAUGAAGAUAUCAUUGGCGUUGAGAACUUAUUCCCAGAAAACGGAAUUUUGCAUUCAUUCAUGGAAUCCCACAUAGAUGGAGUGGUCCUUUUGGCAACUGAUUUUGUACAGAAGGAUGAGAAGAAAGAUGAAAGAGUAGAUCGUAUUUUAGAUAUGAUCAAUAGUAAACAUGAUUGGAACAAUCAUGUUUGGGGAGUAAAAGAAGGUACGAACUCUGAAUUUGAGGAAUCUGGCGAAGAGAAAGGAGAGGAUCAAACAGCUGAUACUGAGAGAGGUGAAAAUAGUCAUGUUGCAGGGAAUGUUGAUGGCACAGCUGAUGUUUCGGGAAGAAACAAGAGAAAGCAUGCAGACCGAGGAGCAGAGUCAAGGAAAAAGAAUGUUUUGUGCCACCUAGCUGCUUCAUCAAAAGGAAAUAUUGACACAGAUAUGAAAAAUUUCUUGGAGGAUCUGGUACAAGCUUCUUUUACUGCUUUUGGGGAGAAAUUCUGUCAGCAGUUCUCGGACAGGUUGGGUAAGAUUGAGACUGAGGUUACACAACUCAGGACAGCUUCAGAGAGAACUGAGCAAUUUGAGACCGUUGUAACCGACAGAUUGGGGAAAAUUGAGGCUGAGGUUACACAGCUCAGGACAAGUUUAGUGGUGACUGAAUUGGUGGGAAAGAGUGAUCAAGCAAGCGGUCCUAGCUUGACCAAAAUCAACAGUGGUCCUAGCACCAGCAAAAAAGGAACUGCUCCAACAAAGAAAAAGGCUGUAAAAAACCAAGAGUUAAAGACUGCUGAUUCGUGUGUCAAUUUACCUCGUGCAAAAGUUACUCAAUCAUCAGCUAGUGAUCUUCGUAUGGGUACACAAGAGUUUUUGGAAAGUUGCAUGAAGAACCUUCCAUUAGACACAUUUGUGAAAGGUUUGAAUCCUUCUCAAGCUAAAGUCGAAGAUUCAUUGGAUUGGUUGGAACUUCCUAAAUCAUUGAAGAAGCCAACAGAUUCAUUGGAACUUCAAAAAUCAUUGAAGAAGCCAGCGGUCCGAUUAGAUGACCGAGAUAUAGAGCUAGACGGCGAAAAUUUCCCUGAUCGCUGCUUGGUGUUUGUGCAUCCUACAGAUUUUAAGAAGAUGCAGGACUGGCAAGAUACACGAACAGCUAUACAGAUUGGUCCUUCUAUGUUAGACGGUGAUCUAGCCGGACGUAUUAUGUCUGCCAGCAGUUGGCUUAAAAACUACGAAAUUGAUGCUAUAAUGUAUGUUUUCCGGGAAAGAACAACAUUGAAACGAUGGAACGUAGAUCGUGUUGCUUUCAUGACAUGCGUCUUCAGCGACCUCAUUGCUAAGGAUUACCAGAAUUUCUGUAAGGGAAUUAAAAAACCAACGUGUCAGCAUUUCUCUAAUACUGUCCAACAAAGGAAUUACGGGAAACUCUCUCGGCGAACGCAACGCAGAAUUUAUCGACUCUGCAGGAUUGUUUGUCCUAAUGUCAUACCUGUAUCCAUGAAAUUGACAUCUAGCCCACUUUCUGACAUCUGCUUCCAUAAGAUACGUUCCAAUUGCUGGACUGAUAUUGCAAACAUGAGCAAACGUCUUCUUGAAAUCAACCACUCUAUAAGCCUUUGAAGCCUUAGAAAUCAACCCAGCUAAUCCCUUCCCCUUGAAAUAUGAUAUCACAUUAUUCAACAAAUGAUGAAUACAGAUACCGUGUCUCGCUAGGGGAUACACUUUCUCCACUGCCUUCGCUAUUGACACUUGUCUAUCCGAAAUAAAA